GGCAACAUCUCGCGCUUCCAACUACUACUCGAGUUCUCCCGCAACCGACCGACGAGACCCCAAGCGACAGAGCCAACACGAUAUCAGAGGGGUAUAUUAGCCGCGAUACCGAAUUCCAUAAUUAUAAAAAAUGAUCGCUCAGCGUGUUGGCCUCGCUGCGCUGCGCAGAGGCGCUGUCCGCCCUAAUGCCUUCAACAGCCAGGCUGUAUGCCGCGCCGUUGCUGCUUCGGCCCUGACACAGACACGCCCUAUCGCCACUACCAAGCUGUCGACCUCGGAAGGCCAUGAGAUCCUCGUUGCCCAGCGCAAGAACCGCCCCGUCUCUCCUCACCUGAGCAUCUACAAGAUGGAGCAGACCUGGUUCGGUGCCUCUGCCUGGACCCGUAUCACCGGCUGCACUCUGUCUGGUGCCGCUUACGUCUACUUCGCUACCUACCUCGUUGCUCCUCUCCUCGGCCUUCACAUCGAGAGCGCCAGUCUCGUCAGCGCUUUCGCCGCCAUGCCUCUCGCCCUCAAGGGUGGCAUCAAGCUCGCCCUCGGUUUCCCUUUCGCCUUCCAUGCCAUCAACGGUGUACGACACUUGUCGUAUGACUUGGUUAAGGGCUUCUCCAAGAAGACCAUUCAGACUGGCGAGCGUGUCAUCUUUGCUACCGCCGCCGUCCUCGCCGGUUACCUUGCUUUCGGUAUCUAAAUGGAAUGUGUCGGUUGGUUGGGAAGCGAUGGGCCAUGUAAACGGUACACUGACGACUUGUAGCAACAAAUAAUAGUAGAUGGGGGAGGUUUUAUACACAAAAUUAGGCGGCGCAUCUGCUGCCAUGACUGUGCGAAAUUGGCACUAUUUCGUUUGUUAAAACAAAUACAACUUAAACAUUGAACACUUUUUUGUUCCAAAUUUGCUAGAGCUAAAUGUGUAUAUAUCCGUGCAACACCAUACGCCUGAUUACUUUAAAAACAAGACUGGUCACCACCACCAACCAAGCGCUUACUCAAUGUUACGGGCUUCCAGGAUCGACUUAACGAGCCUCGGGUUUCCGCCGCGCAGAAUCUUCUCUGCGAUAAUAGGGCCGAUGAAGUCUUUAAGGUCAGACGACUCAGAUCCUGUGGAGCUAUUGCUGGAAAUAGAUAGCGCUUGUUUGGAGUCCAGCGACGCUACGGCGUGAACAAUGCCCUGGACGAGCAUCUCGUACUCAAUGGAGCCGUCAGACUUCUCCUUGAGUGGCUGCAGAAUGCCAGAGUCAAACGUCUUGAGGUUACGGAGAACAAGAACACGGAUAGCCUCCGGGCCGCCAGCCUCUACUAAGCCACUAAUUGCACCGAAUAGGACAGCUGGUGGCUUCGUUGGGUCCAGGAAGUACUUGAGACAGGUGCGAGUAAGUUUUGGUCGGAGAAGGGUGUUGGAGCCGGCGUACUUCUGUGCAAUACGGCCAACUAAUGAGGCUGCCAGCUGUCUGAGUUCGUACUGGUCCUUCAAAGAGUCGGCUCCUUCAUCACUGCCGAGCUUGCGAGCCAUCAGACAGGUCAGGACAGGAGCAGACAGCGAGCUGGCAUAGGGGUCCAGGAAGAGUGUUUUGUUUUCAAUGAGAGCAUUAGUGAGCUCCAUCAUCUGUCGUAAGGUAAAGGUGUCAUCCAGUUGGUGCGUCACACGGUCCAUGAUGAAGUUUAUAAAGUAUGGCGCAAGUUGGUGCAAUCCAGGGUCGUCGCGGACGGAGCCGAGAGCAGCCUGUCGCAAUCGUACAACCUCUUCAUCGGGGUUAUCGUCGAGAAUAGCUCCUUGAAUCUUGUCAAAGUAUAGAAUGAGCUCCUUGCUAACGAUAUGCUUAACAGCCGGGUUGAACGAGAUGGUAUCGUUGCCAGCAAGAGCAGCGAGAGCCGGGUUGGCGCCGGUGCCUUUAGGUAGCAGGUCUUGAGAUCGGGACUCGGCCGUCGUUGGGUUUUGUGGGAUAGAGGGCUGUACACCUUCAAUUGCGAGCCAAUGGGCUAUAUUAUAGUUAGCUUGAGGCGAACACUGUCGCGCGUUACGUCGUGGUGCUGCUACCCACCUGUGAAGUUGGUAUCGCGAGGCACCUUAGGGAGCGGAGCAUUAAUCAGCUUCUCGAAAUCCACUUCCUCAUCUUCAAUAUAGAAAAGCGGUUGUCCUGGUCCAAGACUGGCUUCACCAAAUCUAAGUGGUCGCGUGGAAUCGUAACCGUAGAGCGGUUCGGCAUCUAGCACUCGCAGCGCAAGACUGACAUCAUUGACGGUAAGCGUUGUGCGGCGAGCGGCGCGCAUCAACCGCAAACUCUCGACAAUGACCUGGCCAAUUCUAUAUUCUACAUCUUGCGCAAGAGACUUGACAGCCUCCUCGUUGAGAGAGUUGAUGCCGACGGAUUCGGCAACGUCCUUGAUGUUCUCGGCAUUCCAGAGUAGUUUCGGGG